AAGCAAUGGCACUCAGGGUGAAGGCAGAUGUGUGGCUGGCAAGACCCUGGCAGUGCCUGCACAGGAUGAGGGCACUGGGCACCACAGCAGCACCGGCCCCCAAGACACUGCAGCCCUUUGAAGCCAUCCCCCUGUACUCCAGAAACAAGUGGCUGAAGAUGAUACAGAUCCUGAGGGAGCAGGGCCAGGAGAACCUGCACCUGGAGAUGCAUCAGGCUUUCCAGGAGCUGGGGCCCAUUUUCAGGUACAGCAUAGGAAGAACACAGGUUGUGUCUGUGAUGAUGCCAGAGGAUGCUGAGAAGCUGCAUCAGGUGGAGAGUAUGCACCCUUAUCGGAUGCACCUGGAGCCCUGGGUGGCCCACAGAGAGCAGCGUGGCCUGAGACGUGGCGUGUUCUUGCUAAAUGGGCCUGAAUGGCGCUUCAACCGACUGAGACUGAACCCAAAUGUGCUGUCACCAAAGGCCGUUCAAAAGUUUGUCCCCAUGGUGGACAUGGUAGCAAGGGACUUCUUGGAGGCCCUGAAGAAGAAGGUCUUUCAGAAUGCUCGUGGGAGCCUCACCAUGGAUGUCCAGCAAAGCCUCUUCAACUAUAGUAUAGAAGCGAGCAACUUUGCUCUUUUUGGGGAGCGGUUGGGCCUCCUUGGCCAUGACCUGAGCCCUGGCAGCCUGAAGUUCAUCCAUGCCUUGCAUUCCAUGUUCAAGACCACCACACAGCUCAUGUUCUUGCCCAGGAGCCUGACUCACUGGACAAGCAGCCGGGUGUGGAAAGAACAUUUUGAGUCCUGGGAUAUCAUCUCUGAGUAUGCCAGCAGAUGUAUCUGGAAGGUGCAUCAGGAGCUCAGACUUGGCAACCCUCAGACCUACAGUGGCAUCGUGGCAGAACUAAUAUCCCAGGGAGCUUUGCCUCUCGACGCCAUCAAAGCCAACUCCAUUGAGCUCACCGCUGGGAGUGUAGACACGACAACCUCCCCCUUGCUAAUGACCCUCUUUGAGCUGGCUCGGAACCCGGACAUUCAGCGGGCACUUCGGCAGGAGAGCCUGGCCGCGGAGGCCAGCAUCGCUGCAAACCCUCAGAGGGCUAUGUCCGACCUGCCUCUGUUGCGGGCUGCCAUUAAAGAGACCCUGAGGCUCUAUCCUGUUGGUGGCUUUUUGGAGAGGAUUCUAAAGUCUGACUUGGUACUUCAGAACUACCAUGUCCCUGCUGGGACAUUGGUCCUACUCUAUCUCUACUCCAUGGGCCGAAACCCUUCAGUAUUUCCGAGGCCCGAGCGCUACAUGCCCCAGCGCUGGCUGGAGAGGAAAAGAAGUUUCCUGCACCUGACCUUCGGCUUUGGGGUGCGCCAGUGCCUGGGGAGGCGAGUGGCAGAGGUGGAGAUGGUGCUCCUGCUGCACCAUGUGCUGAAAUCCUUCCAGGUGGAGACACUCAGGCAAGAGGAUGUGCAGAUGGUCUACCGCUUUGUUUUGAUGCCCACCUCCAGCCCCCUCCUCACCUUCCGGCCUGUCAGCUAGUCACCUUUGCAUCUGGGGUCCCAGUCAGGCCACCAGCCUGCCUCUCUCUUGACACCCAAGGUCACACUUCUUUGCCAUCGGGAUGUUGUUUGGGGGCCACACUGCCAUCUUCUGCAAUCCUGCAAGGGUCACAGCUAAAGACUUCCAGGGUCAGGGACUGUAAGGCCAGGGAAGGGACUGGGGCGAUCUUGGUGACAAUAAGCAGUCCCUGCUGAUGAUUUUCCUCAUCCUUUCCAAGAGUUACUCCAGGUACUUGUGGCCUUCCAAGGGCCUCAGAAUAAAGCCAGAAGACAUUCCCUCCCUUAUGUUCCCCAUUAUUAUGACACGAGCCACAGAAAUACAUCCUACAUUUUACACACACACACACACACACACACACACA